AUUAUGCCUCGUAUUGGCCCAAGUGAAGCAAGCAAGAAAAGCUUUGACUUUAUUAUCAUAGGAGAAGCAGGCGACUCAACACCAGAUGAUUUAUUGGACGUACGAAUCCCAUUGUUCAACAGUAAAUUAAAAAAUACCAGUGUUGAUUGGAAACUCAAGUCGACGUAUCAAAACAAUGCCAACGAUAGAGACAUUGGUGUUCCUCUUGGUAAAUUAUUAGGCGGCUCAAGCGCAUUUAAUGCAUGUAUAGCACACCGAUGCUCUCCCUCAGAUUAUGAUGUCUGGGGUGCACCUGAAUGGACUUAUGAGACCCUCAAGCCUUAUUUUCGAAAAGCAGAGACAUUUCAUGACACAAACUCAGUAUCUCAAGAACUACAUGGUACAACUGGUCCUUUCCACAUUUCACAAACACGUACAGAAAAUGGACCUAUCGGCACAUACUUUAGAGCCGUAUGUCGAAAACUCGGUUUACCUGAAUACGAUGAUAUGACAGACUUGCCUUGUCAAAUUGGUGUCACAGGUCUACAGGCCAGCAUCUAUCAAGGCGAAAGGAUUACCACAGCAUCGACUUAUAUUACUAAAGAGAUCGAACAACAGCGAUCGAACCUGUUUGUUGCCUUGGGCUGUAAAGUCACCCGCGUCUUAUUAGAGGAUCAACGCGUCACGCAUGUGGAAUACCUUGCCAAUGAUGUUAUCUACACAGUAGCUGUCGAACGAGAAGCCAUUCUUUCUGCAGGCGCCAUUUUAUCUCCCUUGUUAUUGCUUUCAAGUGGGAUUGGGCCCCAAGAGGAAUUAGGUUCAUUAGGUAUUGAUACGCUUGUCCAUCUGCCUGGUGUUGGUAAAAACCUACAGAACCAUUGGCGUGUCCCACUUGUCCAUGAGACCAAGCAUGCCGAUAUGUCUUUACACGCAGGCAUCUUCAAGCACCAAAAGGAAUCCUUAGAUCGUGCCCUUCAACAAAAAGACGGUCCUUUGACACAAUUAUGGCCUGAUGUUGUAGCUUAUAUGAAGAUUCCGGAUGCUCCUGACAAUAGCAGCAGUAGAGAAAACACACCUCAAAUUGAAUUAUUUGCGGGUGGUUUAGCUCUCUGUCGUGAACUAUCCCACCUAAAAGAAGUGGACUGUGCUACUUUACUUAUGGUCUUGAUCGCUCCUUUUUCAAGAGGGUCUGUCAGACUUUCUGAUGAUAAAAGCCCCCUGAUUGAUUUUGGGUUAUUGCAAGACAAGCGAGAUUUAGAAUGCUUGGAGAAAGGGCUUCAAUUGUCUAUGUCGAUUGCCAAAGAUCCCGAGUAUGAAAACAACUGUGUUAAACAAUGGAUCAAGUAUCCAGAAGACGAGCAUGACAGUCGUACUUUACACCAAUACAUUAAGGAAAAUAUAGAUACACUGCAUCAUUAUGCUGGUACAUGCAAGAUGGGGCUCAAACAAGACGAAUCAGCUGUAGUGGAUCAUCAUUUAAGGGUACACGGUAUUCAGGGUCUACGUGUCGUGGAUGCUUCUUUUUUUCCUACUGUCCCUGCUGGUCAAACAUGCUUUCCCGUCAUUGCCUGUGCUGAACGCGCUUCUGAUCUUAUUUUACAAGACAAUCAAAUACAAUUCUAAAAUCUUUAUUUUCUAUAAACA